AUGGGAGAAGAUCUAGAAGACUUUGAAGCACUCUUAGAACCAAAGUUUAGUGCUAAACAAUUCACCAAUGAUCUACUGAAAGUUACCAAUGGAGAAUCAACUAGUACUGAAUUAGAUGUUGGGACUGCUAUCAAAAAAAUCAACUAUGAUUUAGCAGAAGUUGAUUCACAAAUUAAUCAAUUGAUUCAUGAGAACCCUCUACCCAUACUUAAUCAAAUAUACAAAGGGAAAGCCAUUGAGCAAAAAAUCAAUGAUGGUUUGAAGCCAAGUUUUGAAUAUUUGACAAUGUCUUAUAAGAGAUUACAACAGGAAAUACUAGAACCAUAUGAAAGGGCUCAGAAAUUACAAUCUGUUCUCAGUAAAGUUCAUCAGACUUCGAUAUUAUUGAGAGAUGCACUAAUUUAUGUUCAUUUGAUGGACAAGAUUCAACGUCUCACAGAACCAAUAGAUAAACUUACGAUUGAAAGAGCUGUUCAAUUGGCUGCAUUAUACUCUCAAUUACAAAUGAGUUUGAAUCAAAAUGCAAAUUUAAAAUCUUUGCAAUUGAUUAAGCAAUUGGAGGGAGCCACCGCUGAAAGCAAAAAAAAUUUAUUGGGAUUCCUAUCUUUGAAUCUCUCAAAGGAGUCUUUAAAUAGUUUCAAAGUCAAAAAUAAUUCAGAAACUGUAAGCUCUUUGGCUCAUGCGUUAUAUAUUGUGUCUGUGCAAGAGUUUGUAUCUACUAUCCAGAAAAUUAUUUUGACGAAUGUUCUGUCGAACUCACAGAUAUUAACAAGGACGAUAAAUUCUAUUAAGAACUUCCCACUUGCAUUUGAAGAUGUUGUAAGAAAAAGUUAUGAUAUUUACCUUUUGGAGACCAUAUUACAUGGUGUUAAAAUUGAAAACUCCAAUCUAUUAAUAGAAUAUGCAACUCAUCGGAAGCCAAAGACUGCAACACCUCGUGAACUUUAUUGGACUAAGAUAGCAUCAAAUUUCAAGAAGGAAUUUGAGAUAUCUUAUAAUAGAGGUGGUCCUGUUGGCAAAUCUUUGCUCAGGAAUCAAGAUCUAAUAAUUGAAACUAUCCAGAAACAAAUGCCUAAUUCUACGGGGAACGAUGACUACCAACAAAAUCUUGAAAUCAUGCUAAAGUCUAUAUCUAUACUUUCUUCAAGUAAAAAUAAAAGUAAAUAA